AUGCAUCCCGAUGCUGACGGCACAGCCGUGGGUCAUGUGUUCGCACUAAAGGAUAGUGGAGGUAGGGAACGCGUCAUAGCCUAUGUGAGCGCCAAACUCAAUGGAGAACAUUGGCAUGAUUGCACAAUGCUAGCCUCGUCAUCCAGUGACGAUGAACUUGAUGAUCGGCAGCAACCACCUCCGAGUGCGCCCACAACCCACGUCACAGGCUGUGGUGGUGUUGGACGUGGACACAGGGCUAUCGGUAGUCGAGCUGCUCCUGGUGCUCAUCCCACAGCACCCGGUCAAAUUAUAAGGAAAUCUCAAUCACCACUACAACAGCAGCAAGCGAGUCAGCCUAAUGGGGCACGGCGCUCCCAGACUCGUCAUCAGAUCUUCUCUCCAGCUUCCUCCCGUUCCAGCGUUCGUUCUAACGACGCCUGUGAUAACACAAAGCAUAGCUCUAAUUCCGACUUAGAUUCGUUGCAGGUGUUGAAUGUGAAGGUCGAUUCAGUUCACUCUUUCCCCAACAUCUUCAUUAUUGUCGCUCCACGCUAUUCGUAG